CCAUUCACCAUGUGACUCAACCAAAUAAAAGAAAAGAAUCAUCACAAAAAGAGAAAAAGCAUAUAUAAACAUGAGAAAGAAGCCAGCAUGUUAUACAAUUAUACAGAGCAAAGCUAGUACAAUUAUUCAUACUUCCAAUAAGUUAGGUCCCUCCCACGUUCCUUAAAAAAAAAAAGGGGGGAUUCUUGCUAUUGUCUUGCUUCCUUCUUUUCUCUCUCACGAAAACAAAAAGGGCCUAAAACAGUAGUGUUUUUAAUUUGCAUACUUCCUCCUUAAUUCCAUUCCUUUCUCUGACGAAAACAAUGGCAGAGCUCCUUCUUUCUGCAUUCCUUGAUGUGUUGUUUGACCGACUGGCGUCUCCCGAGUUGCUGAAAUUUGCUAGCCUAAAGGGACUUCGCAAGCAGCUGGACAAGUGGGGCAAAACGUUGACAAGAAUUCGAGACGUGCUUGAUGAUGCAGAGGAGAAGCAACAGACUCAAAAGACGGUGAAAGCUUGGCUUGAUGAUCUCAGAGACUUGGCCUAUGACGUGGAAGAUAUACUGGAUGAGUUCGCCACAAAAGCUUUGCAACGCAAGUUGAUGGCCGGUGAACGUCAGGCUAGCGCUAGUAAGGUACGAAAUCUCGUCCCUGCUUGUUGUACUAGUUUUACUCCAAGUGCUGUUAAGAUCAAGUUUAGGCUGGGGUCAAAGAUAGAGGAAAUAAAUACUAGAUUUAAUGAUCUCGUGACACAAAAAGAUCAACUUCAUUUGAAGGAAAAUUCUAGUCCGAGGCCAAGCAAAAGAAAGAUACCUCCCUCAACUUCUGUGGUGACCAAAGAUUACAUAUACGGUAGGGAGGAAGUCAAAGAGGCUGUACUUCAAUUAUUGGUCAGUGAAAAACAUAGUGAUGCUUCGAAUAAAGUACCCAAUGUGAUUCCUAUAGUUGGUAUGGGGGGUAUCGGAAAGACAACCCUCGCCCAGCUUGUUUACAAUGAUAAAAAAGUGCAGAGCUUUUUCGAUCCGCAAAAAUGGGCUUGUGUUUCUGAAGAUUUUGAUGUUGCUGCAGUUACCAAAACAAUUUUACAGUCUUUGAUCUCGGAAAACUGUGAGGGCAAAGAUCUAAAUUGGUUGCAAGAAAAAUUGAAGGAGCAACUACGUGGGAAAAAGUUCCUAGUAAUUCUUGAUGAUGUUUGGAACGAGAACUACAAUGAUUGGACUCGCCUACGGGCCCCUUUCGAAGUUGGGGCUCCUGGAAGUAGUAUUAUUGUCACAACUCGUAACCACAGAGUCUCAUCACUAAUGCGAAACAAGGACGUUGAGCCUUUUCAGUUGGAGUUGUUGUCAGAUGAAGAUUGUUUGUCCAUAUUUACCCAACAUGCAUUGGGUGCAAGAGACUUCAGUGCGCAUCCGGACCUUAAAGAUAUUGGUGAGGAACUCGUUAGAAGGUGUAAAGGCUUGCCAUUGGCAGUUAAAACUAUUGCAGGAGUCUUACUCAGUGAAGGUGAAGACCGCACUAAGUGGGAAAAAGUUUUGAAAAAUAAGAUAUGGGAUAUUCCAGUGAAAGAAAGUGAAAUUCCUACCUCUCUUAUGGUAAGCUAUGACAAUCUCCCUUCACAUUUAAAGAGGUGUUUUGCAUACUGCUCAAUACUACCAAAGGACUACGAAUUUGAGGAGAAGGAUGUGGUUCUGUUAUGGAUGGCAGAAGGUUUGAUUCAACCACGACAAGAUGAAGAGGAAAUGGAAGAUUUGGGUAAAGACUAUUUUCGCGAUCUGUUGUCAAGGUCAUUUUUCCAAAAGUCACGCAAUAUUAAUGAAUCACAAUUUGUGAUGCAUGACCUCAUCAAUGAUUUGGCUCAGUCAGUUGCAGGCGAUACUUGCUUUAGAAUGGAAGAUAGGGUUGGAGGUAAUAAGCAUGAGAAUAUUCCUAUAAAGGCACGCCACUCAUCUUAUUUGGGAAGCGAAUAUGAUGUAACUAAAAAGUUUGAGGUUUUUUCUAAAUGCAAAAGUUUGCGUACAUUCUUACCUCUCAUGCUACCAGAUCCAGGUGAUUGCUAUUUGGCUCAUCAUGUUCCUUUUCAAUUGGUUCCAAUGUUACGUUGUUUAAGGGUGUUAUCUUUCAACGGAUACUGCAUAACGGAGCUACCGGAUUCUAUUGGUGAUUUGAAGCAUCUGCGGUACCUUGAUCUUUCCAAAACUCGAAUUAGAUUCCUGCCAGAAUCAAUAACUAGUCUCUACAACUUACAAACAUUGUUGUUGGAAGAUUGUACUCGUCUAGAGAAAUUACCUUCAAUGUUUCGAAACUUGGUCAACCUGCGCCACCUCAACAUUGAAGGUGCAGAAAGUUUGGAAGGAAUGCCUAUGCAAAUAGGUAAACUUACUUGUCUUCAAACACUGUCUAAUCUCGUUUUGGAAAAAGACAGCUGCUCUGGAAUAAAGGAGCUUGGACCUUUGAAGCAUCUUCGAGGGAAACUCUGCAUUUCAAGAUUAGAGAAUGUGAUUGAACCGAAGGAUGCAAAGGAUGCUGAAUUAAUUAAAAAGAUGAAAGUUAGUGAGUUGUGGUUGAAAUGGAGUGGGUUGAAAUGGAGUGGGGACAUUGAUGAGUCGGGGGACAUUGAUGAGUCAAGAGACACGACAAGUGACCUGGAGGUACUAAAUGGGCUACAGCCUCAUGACGCUUUGAAGGAGCUCCAUAUAACUAACUAUGGUGGUACAAAAUUUCCUAAUUGGUUAACAUCUCCUUCAUUUCCUCAAAUGGUGUCCUUGAGAUUAAAAAAUUGUUACAAGUGCACAUCAUUACCUCCAUUGGGGAAAUAUUUGCCAUCACUCAAAAAUCUUUGGAUCAAGGGCAUGCGUAACGUGAAGAGUGUUGGUUCUGAAUUUUGUGGCUGUAAUUUAGAGACUUUGCAUUUCAGAGACAUGGAGGAGUGGGAGAAUUGGAGUCCUUGUGAAGAAUUCUCAAAUCUGCGUAAGCUUGACCUUUAUAAGUGUCCGAAGCUAUUAGGGAAUUUACCAAACAACCUUCCUUUACUAAACGUUGUUCGGAUACAUAAUUGUGCGCAGUUGGUGGUCUCAAUUUCAUGCUUUCCAGAUAAAUGCAAAUUUAACAUUAAGGAAUCCAAAGGGCUUGAUCAUAUGGAAGGGGUGGUGUGUGGAAGCAAGGUUACAUUCAAAUCAAUAAAAUUCGACAGAUCACUUUCACCAAUUUCUUAUAUGGAAGGGCUGGCAGAGUUGGAAGAGUUAGAGAUUUGGCACUGUGAGGAGUUGACGAAUUUGUGGUCCCAAACUAGUCUCCCAUUUAUCCGUGUUCUCUACAUUCAUAAUUGUCCCAAACUAGUCUCUUUGGUGGCGGAAGAAGUUGAUCAAGAGCGUCUCCAACUCAGAAUCGAAUCUAUUCGUAUCUUCUAUUGCAUGGCCUUGGAAUCAUUACCCAAGGCAUUGAUGUACAACAACACGUGUCUUCAGUCUAUUCAUAUUUGGAAUUGCAUAGCCUUGGAAUCAUUACCCAAGGCAUUGAUGUACAACAACACGUGUCUUCAGGAUAUUACUAUCCGCAAUUGUGAUUCGCUUACGCAUUUUGCAAGAAGCCAUCUGCCUCCAACUUUAAAGUCGCUAGUUAUAAGUGACUGCAAGAGUAUGAGGAAUUUGGUGGGGGAUGAUGAUAAUGAUACAAACAACAACGGUAGUUGCAGUAGUGGCAUCACAUCUCUUCUUGAGGAAUUGGUCGUUAGGAAUUGUCCAUCUCUUGAAUCCUUAACAUCAAGCGGAGAAUUACCUGCCACGCUUCAAAACCUCCUUAUUACCUAUUGUCCGAAGCUGGAGUCAGUAGCUAAGAGUUUUCAUCAUAACUCGUUUCUUACAGAAAUCACCAUCUCCCAUUCUCCGAGCAUUUUAUCAUUUCCCAAAGAAGGUUUUCCCACAAACCUAACAACACUUGUGAUCCCUGAUAUUAAAAUCACUCAAGCCUUGUUCGAUUGGGGGCUGGACAAAUUCACUUACCUAAAUCAUCUUCACAUUGGUGGAUGUCAGAAUCUGGUGCUCUUUCCAGAGAUGACGUUGCCUACCUCUCUAACAAUCCUCCGCAUCUCAGAAUUCUCGAAUCUGCAAUGCCUGUCUUCCGAGGGCUUAAGAAAACUCACCUCUCUUAAAUAUUUGUCGAUCUAUGACUGCGAGAAGCUCACGUGUUUUCCAGAGGAUGGCCUGCCUCCCUCACUCCUAGAGCUUGGUAUCAAUAAUUGCGAAAAGUUGAUGUCCUUACCAAAGAAUGGCCUGCCUCCCUCACUACAGACACUUUAUAUCCGAGGAUGCCCUCUGCUGGAGAAACGCUGCAAGAAAGAUCGGAAAGAAGAGUGGCGCAAGAUAGCUGACAUUCCUUAUGUUGAAAUUAAUGACAAAUACAUUUAUGACACAGAAACGGAGGAAUAAAUCCAAAGAGUCCCAAAAUUGAGACCCAAGUUUGCUGAGAUCAUGGAUGCUUUGAAGCCGUUGUAGAAGCCAAUAACUAGUUCUCAAGUUCCCAGGCCAAGCACAUCCACAGGCAGUGGCCAUCAGAAGGCUCUGCCAUCAAUUGCAGAAGAAGCAGGCUAGAAGAGCAAACUAUACCAUCAUACUCUCUGUCAUUGGACUGUAAAAAUAUGGGGUGAAGUUCUAGAUUGCCUUGGACAAGUCUGAGAAAGUGAUGUGUUGACUUCUCUACAUUCAAUCCAAUUUGAGAUUGUGAUUCUUUUUUCUCAAUUCCCUUUUUUAUUCAUCACAGUGCAGCUAUCCUCAAGGUUGUAUAUUUGUUUGUAGAAAUCCAUUGAAAUUGUUGUAAUCAGUGUUUUGAAAAAUUUUCUUUUUGUGGAGUUCUUCCAUUUUGAUUUUGUAACUGAAUUGAGACAGAUAGAAUACAAUCUGCAUCAGUUGCUAGUA